AUGGGUAGUGAGAAUGAGAUCCCAAUUUUGGAUUUCAAUAGGAAUAUUAGAUUGAAGUUAGAAGAAGGGGGCGAAGGAUGGAAAGAAAUGAGCAAGAAAGUGAGACAAGCAUUUGAGAGUCAUAGUUGCUUUCUCAUAAGGUGUGAUGAUAUCACAAAUGAUUUACAUGAUGAAUUUUUCACAAGUAUGAAAUCAUUGUUUGAUUUACCUGAAGAAACUAAGAAGAAGUUUUGUAGCCCAAGACCUUAUAGGGGAUACACUGCAAAAAGUUGUGUCAUUCCUUAUGCUGAAAGUUUUGGAAUUGAUAAUGAUCGUAAUCCAGAUACGGCUCAACAAGACUUCAUUGAUCUCAUGUGGCCUCAAGGAAAUCCAACUUUAAGUGCGGCGCUAAGUUCCUAUAGCUCGAAAACUCGUGAACUAAGUUCUCUUAUUUUGAAGAUGGUUGUGGAAGCCUUUGAACUUCCACAACAUUACAAGUUGGAUAUUGGAGAGUUGAAUAACUACAAUGAUGCACGCAUGACUAAGUAUUUAACUUCUGAAGAGACAAAAGGUUCUAAUAUUGGUUUGUUGCUAUCGAAAACCGACAAUUGGGUUGACAUAAAUAUUCCUCCAAAUGGCUUUGUGGUAGUUGUUUGUGAUAUAUUGCAGGCAUGGAGUAAUGGGAGACUUGAGGCGGCCACACACAGAGUGGUGGCAAAGGAUGAAGAGAGAUUCGUAUUUGUAUUUUUUGCUGUGCCAAGGGAAGGCUUGAUCAUUAAGGGGCCAUCUGAACUUGUGGAUAAUGAAAACUACCCUAAACGCUACCGUCCGUUUAACUAUGAUGAGUAUGUUAAUUAUCAUCAUUCAAUUGGAUCACAAGAGGCUCCAAUGGAAAAAUUUGCUGGAAUUUGA